AUGGAAAAACAAAAUCAUUCCAUGGUGUCUGAGUUUAUUUUGUUGGGCCUCACAGAGUUUCGUGAGUUACAGGUUUUCCUUUUCUUAUUUUUUUCCUUUAUCUACAUAGCCAUCGUAUUAGGUAAUCUCAUCAUUAUCUUUGUAGUAAAAUUGGACCCUCAAUUGCACUCUCCCAUGUACUUUCUACUGGCCAAUCUCUCCUUUAUUGAUAUGUCCCUGGCCUCUUUUGCUACUCCUAAAAUGAUUUGUAACUUAAUUAGUGAAUAUAAGGCCAUCUCUUAUGAAGGCUGCAUGGCCCAGAUGUUUUUCCUUCACCUUUUAGGUGGAAGCGAGAUGAUGUUGCUAGUAGCCAUGGCAAUUGAUAGAUACAUUGCUAUAUGCAAACCCCUCCAUUACAACAAUCUUAUGAGCCAUCGUGUUUGCAUUGGACUUGCAUUUCUCUCCUGGUCCACUGGUUUUGUGCACAGUAUGAGCCAAAUGGUUUUCACAGUGACUUUACCAUUCUGUGGCCCCAAUGUUGUGGAGAGUUUUUUUUGUGAUUUGCCUCAGGUGAUCAAACUUGCCUGCACCGACAUUUACAACUUGGAGCUAUUAGUCAUUGCAUUCAGUGGAAUAAUUUCUUUGUUCCCUUGCACCUUUCUGUUCAUCUCUUAUAGCAUCAUCCUGAUUACUAUCCAGCAUCAUUCUUCCAAUGGGUCUUCCAAGGCUUUGUCCAUUCUUUCAGCCCACAUUACAGUGGUGCUACUGUUCUUUGGACCUUGCAUCUUUAUCUAUAUAUGGCCAUUUAGCAGUGUCUCCAUAGAUAAGACCCUCUCUGUGUUUUAUACAAUUUUUACUCCCCUUUUAAAUCCGAUCAUCUACACAUUCAGGAAUAAAGACAUGAAGAAAGCAAUAAGAAAAAUAACGACUAAGCAUGUGAGUCCCAGAUCAACCUUUUAA